CAUGCCAAGACUGAGGUUUAAAUACAUUGUGAGUGAGUGCAGGCAAGGAACUCUGGCUAAGAACAGAAUGAAGAUUGCAGCCUGCCUUUUUGCAGCCCUUCUGGUGAAGCUGGCAUGUACCCAGGAAUCAACAAACACAACAGUCACCCAAAGAGAUAAACCUGGCGUUUGUCCCGACACAAAUCUGUCUCUUGGAAUAUGUGGUAAAGAAUGCAAAACUGAUAUGGACUGUGGCAAUAAUCUCAAAUGCUGCAAAACAGGUUGUGAUGGUCUCCAAUGUCAAGAGCCAGAUGAGAAACCAGGAAGUUGUCCCAAACCUUCAAACGAGACCGUGUGUGUAACAACUGCUGACUGCAGAGCUGACAGCAAAUGUGAGGGACAACAAAAAUGCUGCCCUACAGGUUGUGGAGGUUAUACCUGUCAUCUCCCAAUAGAGCUGAAGGAAAUAAGUGCAACAUAAGCACAAACUGAAGACUAAGGAAGAACAGAGUCACCUGAUUGCUACUAACUAAGCAGAGACCAGCUUUGGGCAGAAGCUCACCCCCUUGGGAACCAACAGCUUUAUUGUACAGUACAAAUCAAAAGAACCUUCUUGUUAUAUUUUUAAACCCAAUCCACACUUUUGAAAAAAAAAAAAAAGAAAAAGAUUGAUAAUAAAAAUGUAUUUGUAAUGUGA